AUGGAUACUGGGUCGGAAUAUAGUUCAGCCUCCGACAGCUACGCCAGCAGCAAAAGCAGUCAUGGCAGCAGCACUGGAUGUGCGUGCGCCAGCUGUGACUCCCGGCGGUAUGUCUCCCGCGGGGGACGACAUCGCAGGCACCAGAGCGGCGCAUCCCAGGCCGAACUGUUGAUUAGUGGAUUGACCCAAACGCUGCGGACUCUUCAGGCCAUGAGCGAGCAGGAGAGGGUUCUGAGAGAGCAAAACCAGAUGCGGAGAAAUUCGAAAGACACUGAAAGCAGUGACGAUGGGAAAGACGCCGAAUCAACGGAUGAUAUGGAUGGCGAGAGUGAGAUGGGAGGCGACCUCGAGGCGUCUGCUACAGUCACAAGAGGGGAUUACGAGCAGCGUUUGGACGACCAAAAGGCUAAGAAAGGCCUGAACAACUAUCAGCCUGGUUUAACAGGCAGUUGA